AUGCACAUAUCGCGGCUGCUCCCGGUUCUUCUGGUUGCUCUUGCAACGACCGCGAACUCGGCGCCGAUAGCUGAAAAUGUCGCUGCCAUCCCACUAACGGAAUCUUUUCGUUAUUCGGCUCCGGGUUCAACCAAACCAGUAGUCAAUAAGGUCAUUGACCUAGGUUCAAAAGCCACAAGGAGCAAGGAGCCGAAACACGACAGCCAGCAAACAACCACCAAGAAAUCAACCAACACGCAGUCGACAAAGCACGAGGAACAGCCAACCAUCACAAAUUUCUUUCCUGUCUUCCCCACAGCUGUCGCUAGAACGCCUACUGUUCCUACCGUCAUUAGCAAGCCCUCCGCGAACCCGACUACGGUCAACAUUCCUAUACGCUACCCGAUAGUGACGGUUGGCCGCCCCAUUACAGUGGACGUCCCAACGAUUCUCCCCAUUACCGUCAGCGUCCCGACCGUUGCUCCCAUAACACUGAGCGUCCCCACUGUUGCCCCUAUCACAGUGAGCGUUCCAACUGUUGCCCCAAUCACAGUGAGCGUUCCAACUGUUGCCCCAAUCACAGUGAGCGUUCCAACUGUUGCCCCAAUCACAGUGAGCGUUCCAACUGUUGGCCCAAUCACAGUAAACGUCCCGACCGUUACACCAAUCACAGUGAGCGUUCCAACUGUUUCCCCCAUUACAGUGAGUGUUCCCUCAGUAUCCGUUAGCCUUCCACCCAUCCCCACUAUUUCACCAGUAAUUCCGUCGCAACGCCCGGAAACGACCAUUGUCCCUACUCCACAGCCGACACCAACAGAAGAUCCCGCUCCACCACAGCCAACAAAUAAUCCGCCAGCCCCCACACCGGACCCAACCCAACAGCCUCCUCCACCUCCUCCUCCCGCACCACGGCCGACAGAGCAACCAGCUCCCAAUCCAAAUGAUGUGCCAUUCCCCGCCCCUUCUAACCCAAACCCAGCACCACCACCCCAGGCUCCGCCCGGCAAUCCCAACGAGCCGCCCUUUUUCCGUCCAAUUGAUUUGCCGAACCCUCCAAAUGACGUUCCUUUCGUCGCUGGCGGCAUUGACAUUCUCUCGCAAGAUGAACUCAAUAUUCAGACAAGGGAACAAACUCGUACGGCUACUACCUCCGCAGAAGCCAUUCAAGCCGGCGUUUCAACUUCCGCGGCAUCUAAAGCCAAUGGGAAGCAGAUGACAUGCUUCGUCCUGGGUAUUUUGAGUGUUGGGCUGAUGUGGAUCUAG